AUGAGCUUCAUGGACCACCACGCCUACUACGGGCCGGCCGCCUUCCGCAAGGUCCGGCCAGUCUCCAUGACUCCCUCCUCCGGAUUCCAGACCCAGAGGCGCCGGACCCUCACCUACAGCCAGGCUUCGGAGCACCAGGACGCCUCGUACGGCGGGGAUGUGGUGCGGAGGAACGAGAAAGAGAUCCUGCAGACUCUGAACGACCGCUUCGCCGGCUACAUCGACAAGGUGCGCCACCUGGAGCUCCACAACCGGAACCUGGAGGCGGAGGCAGCGGCGCUGCGCCAGAGCCAAGCGGGGCGCGCGGCCGUCGGGGAGCACUACGAGAGCGAGCUGCUUGACCUGCGGGACAGCCUGCAGCGGCUGUCCGGGGAGAAGGCGGGAGCGCUGCUGGAGCAGGAGCACCUGGAGGAGGACAUCCAGAGCGUGCGGCAAAGGAUCGAGGAAGAGGCGCGCAACCGCGAAGAGAUGGAGGCCGCUGCGCGCGCCAUGAACAAGUACGUGGACGACUGCGGGCUCUCGCGCUCCGAGCUGGAGAAGAAGCUCCGCGUGCUGGAAGAGGAGGUGGACUUCGUGAGGAAGAACCACGAGGAGGAGGUGGCCGAGCUGCUCGCGCAGAUCCAGGGCGCCCAGGCGAACUUUGAGGUGCGCGACUCCGUGAAGGCGGACGUCACGAGCGCACUGCGGGAGAUCCGCUCGCAGCUGGACCGCCAGGCGAGCCAAAGCGCCGCGCACACAGAGGACUGGUUCAAAGUGCGUAUGGACCGGCUGUCGGACGCGGCCCGCACCAACCAGGACGCCAUCCGCGGCUCCCAGGACGAGAUCUCCGAGUACCGCCGGCAGCUGCAGAGCCGCACCGUCGAGCUGGAGACCCUGAGGGGGACCAAGGACUCCCUGGAGCGACAGCGCAUGGAGAACGAGGACCGCCACCACGGGGACCUGGGCUCCCUGCAGGAGACCAUCCACCAGCUGGACGGCGAGCUGAAGAGCACCAAAUGGGAGAUGUCCAGCCAGCUGAAGGAAUACCAGGAGCUGCUCAACGUCAAGAUGGCGCUGGACAUUGAGAUCGCCGCCUACAGGAAGCUCCUGGAGGGCGAGGAGCAGCGCUUCGUCACCGGGGGAAGCCUCUACUCCUACAUCGACAGCCGGCUCUCCAGCCACCUGAAGCUGAAGGGAGAGGACAUCUCCGACACCGUCAUCGUGGAGGAGCAGACCGACGAGACACAGGUGACUGAGGUGACGGAGGACGCCGACGACGAGGAAGAGGAGGAAGAGGAGAAGGACGAGGAAGAAGAGGAAGACGGCGAGGAAACCAAAGAAGACGGAGCGGAGGUAGAAGCUGAGGACGAGAAGGAAGAAGAUGCUGAGGAGGAAACUGCAGAGGAGAAGGAAGAGGAGAAGGAAGAGGUGAAGGAAGAUGUGAAGGAAGAUGAGGCAGAAGAGGCAGAAGAAGAAGCCAAAGAGGAUGAGGACAAGAGCAAGUCUCCUCAGUCCAAAACCCCAGCCGCCGGCACACCACAGUCCAAGUCCCCAGAAUCUAAAUCUCCUGCCAGCAAGUCUCCGGUGUCCAAGUCCCCACGCAGCAAGUCCCCCGAGAGCAAGUCCCCUCCCCCCUCGUCCCCCCUGCCCAAGACCCCCGAACCCAAGCCCAAAGAGACCCCCAAAGAGGAGAAGAAAGACGAGCAGCCUGAGCCUGUGGAACAGGAGAAGGCGGAGCCUACACCUGUGAAGGAGGAGCCUACACCUGUGAAAGAGGAGAAGAAGGUGGAGCCUACACCUGUGAAAGAGGAGAAGAAGGUGGAGCCUACACCUGUGAAAGAGGAGAAGGAGGAGCCUACACCUGUGAAAGAGGAGAAGAAGGUGGAGCCUACACCUGUGAAAGAAGAGAAGGAGGAGCCUACACCUGUGAAGGUGGAGCCUACACCUGUGAAAGAGGAGAAGAAGGUGGAGCCUACACCUGUGAAAGAGGAGAAGAAGGAGGAGCCUACCCCUGUGAAGGUGGAGCCUACACCUGUGAAAGAGGAGAAGGUGGAGCCUACACCUGUGAAAGAGGAGAAGAAGGAGGAGCCUACACCUGUGAAGGUGGAGCCUACACCUGUGAAAGAGGAUAAGAAGGAGGAGCCUACCCCUGUGAAGGUGGAGCCUACACCUGUGAAAGAGGAGAAGGAGGAGCCUACACCUGUGAAGGUGGAGCCUACACCUGUGAAAGAGGAGAAGAAGGAGGAGCCUACACCUGUCAAGGUGGAGCCUACACCUGUGAAAGAGGAGAAGAAGGAGGCACCCAAGGAGAAGGAACCUGAAGCCAAGCCAGAGAAGGCAGAGAGCAACACCCCCAAAGCAGCUCCUGCUGCCGUGGAAACCAAGCCGGCAGAGGUCCAGCCCGCCCCAGCAGCCAAACCAGAACCAACCCCUGCUAAGGAGGAGGCCACACCCGCCGCCCCCAAGGCAGAGGAGAAGAGCGCCCCUAAAGCCGAGCCCGAGAAGGUAGAGCCCAAGAAGGACGAGCAGAAACCAGCGGAGAAGACGGAGGACAAGAAGGAGGUGGUGAAGGCCGAGGAGAAGACAGAGAAGCCAGCCAGCACAGAGACCAAGGAGACCAAGGAGACCAAGGAGGUGAAGAAGUAAGGUCUCCGGAGCGCGAGGAGUAAGUGAUGAUGCCAAAGAACUGAGCAGGCGGGCGUGACGGCGUGGAGGAGCCGGGGACUUUAGACACUUGAGCUGCGAGUGUCCGACAUAUAGCAGGUCAAAGGUAUGUUAGCAAUAGUGACUCUCUUAGCUUAUAACCCCAGUAUGGCCAUUACAUACCCCAGUAUGGCCAUUACAUACCCCAGACGCUUCUGACUGUCGUGAAUGCCGAAUGCUAAACUCUUCAUUGAAUGUGACGGCUGCCCGUAAUAAUAAAAAGUGCAUUAAUCUAAGUCCCUCCAGCAGAGGGAAACUCGCAGGGCCCUGCACACAGCCAAGCCUGUACGGCUUAUAGAUGUCAGAAAACGCCAGGCUACAGAUUGUGACAGAUUAAUAAUAGAGAUCUAUAUUAAACGACAUACUUAUAUUUCAAGAGUUAUACGUGUAUAUUAUAUUUACAUAUACAUAGAUAGGACAGAGAUGGAUUCUGCUUGUCGUGCACCUUACUGAUGAUGGUCGGGCCGUUAGCUGGUCUGUCCUGCUUCGACACUGAUGAUGUGCUAUGUAUACAAUGCUGAGCAAUAAAGUUAUGGAAA